AGGCAAGGGGCUGUACCGCUGAACACGCUAUGACUUCGCCAAGAAACAAUAGUCUUUACUCUGUUACUGCUAUUUACUCAUGUCUUUUCUUUGUUAUUAAAUACAAAAUAUUUCUAAUAAAGUCAUAUUCUUUUCAAUAGGAGACUUAAAUGUACAAAUAACUAUUUUUUUUUAAAUACAGUUUUUUUUUCUUAAUCAUUGUGUGAGAAUCAUCACGAACUUUGGCUACAAGCUUAUCUGCUGCGAGCACGUCUUGGUGCUGGCUGUCGAUUGUAUGAACUGUAUGUAGAAUAUUGAUAUAUUCAACGCAAUGAACGACGAUUCAGAAGAUGAAAUACCGGACCUCAUCCCUGCAGAUACCAAGAAAGUACCCAUCACUAUCAUAACAGGAUUUCUAGGUGCCGGAAAAACAACCCUUCUCAAUUACAUUCUGAGAGAGCAGCAUGGUAAAAAGAUUGCUGUGAUUUUGAAUGAGUUUGGAGAAGGUGACUCCAUUGAGAAGUCCAUGUCUGUUGGUCAGGAAGGAUCUCUCUUUGAGGAAUGGUUAGAACUUCGUAAUGGUUGUCUCUGCUGCUCAGUCAAAGACAGUGGUGUGAAGGCUUUAGAGAAUCUGAUGAGUAAACGUGGAAAAUUUGACUACAUAUUGCUGGAGACGACAGGACUAGCCGAUCCAGGACCAAUAGCCUCUAUGUUCUGGCUGGAUGAAGAAUUAUGUAGCGACAUUUUCCUGGAUGGUAUAGUUGCCAUGGUUGAUGCAAAGUACUGUGAAAAGCAACUAAAAGAAAUGAAGUCUGAUGGAUCAGUCAAUGAAACACAAAGGCAGGUGGCUUUGGCUGAUGUCAUAAUUGUCAACAAGACAGAUCUUGUGACAGCACAAGAGAUGGACAGGCUGUGCCAAGAAAUAAGAUCUAUUAACAGUUUUGCCAGACUUCAUAGAACAAGUUAUGCUAUGGUUGAUCUGAACAUAAUUCUGGACAUCAAUGCCUACAGCGGAAAGGAAGAAUCUAGCAUGGAAGACAUUUUCACUCAGAGAGGUUUUUCUGAAACAGAUGUGCAUGUUAUUGAAAAGAGUGUCACGACAGUCACGGUGGAAGUGACUGGGAAUCUAAGCAGAGACAAGCUGGAUAAUUUUCUACAAAGACUGCUUUGGGAAAAGUCUGUUUGCAAUCCUGAUGGAGUGCCAGUGGACAUUCUGCGUCUCAAGGGAGUAAUUUCGGUGCCUGGUGAGACGCAGCGCCUGAUCGUGCAGGCUGUGUAUGAGCUGUAUGACCUGCAUCCUACUACGGCCUGGCAAGAUGAGCCCAGGGUCAACAGAUUUGUCUUCAUAGGAAGGAACUUGAACCACAUUGUCCUUCAGCAGUCUCUAGAGUCAUGUAUGACUACGUGACAUAUUGACAAGAAGACCACACUAUUCAUACAGGACUUAUUGGAAAUGAAUUAUGAUAAAAAAAAUUAAUACAUUUUGGAGGGAAGGUUGCAUAAACAAGCCUGCUUGCUCAUGGUUUGACUUUCUGUGGUGUAGUCUGUAAGAGUAUUAAUGUUGUUAGAAUAAGCAGUGUUCUACUUGACAGAUGCACUCACACAUGAGGGGUGGGAUAUUGAUUAUGAAAUUGAAACAUUUUAAACAAAGAGUGUGCGUGUUCCUUGUGGUUGCAUACCAGUAUGAGACUUUCCAUGAAUUUAUAUUUUUUUUCUGAAAGGUUAUCAACAAUUAAAGAAACUUAUGCCCAGAUG